AUGUUCUUCAUUAAAGAUCUCUCGCUAAAUAUUACGUUGCAUCCAUCGUUUUUUGGACCUCGAAUGAAGCAAUAUCUGAAAACAAAAUUGCUACAAGAAGUGGAAGGUUCAUGUACAGGUAAAUUUGGAUAUAUUCUAUGUGUUUUGAAUUACGAUCAGAUUGAGAUUGAACGUGGUAGAAUAUUGCCAACUGAUGGUUCCGCAGAAUUCAAAGUCAAAUACAGAGCGGUCGUAUUCAAACCAUUCAAAGGUGAAGUUGUAGAUGGUACCGUCGUAUCGUGCUCUCAACAUGGUUUCGAGGUUCAAGUUGGCCCAAUGAAAGUCUUUGUUACCAAGCACUUAAUGCCACAGGAUUUGACGUUUAAUGCUGGUUCAAAUCCACCUUCUUACCAAAGUUCGGAAGACGUUAUCACAAUAAAGAGUAGAAUUAGAGUGAAAAUUGAAGGUUGUAUAAGUCAAGUUAGUUCUAUUCAUGCCAUUGGUAGUAUUAAGGAAGAUUAUCUGGGUGCUAUUUAG